GCGUCACAAUCUAUUUAAAGCAAAUGGAAAUAUCCGAUUUAAUUCCGAGGUCAACUGGACUAAACAGACGCGUGUGUCCAUAACAAAGAGAACACACGUCAAUUCCAGACAGACACAGUUUGGUUAACCGCGACAUAGACAAGUCAGCUAAGCAGAGUUCGAAGGAUUUAAUUACGGACCAGAUACAAGACCAUCAUUUCUGUCAACUACGAAGAAAGUUUGAACAUCCUGUAGAUACGAAACUGUGUAUAACUGUCUCUGCUAGUUUAGAUGUCUGCUGAUUGUUAUGAAAAACCCACUUACAGGUUUUUCAUUUGCAACAUUUCUAGACAAAUGUUGGAGGAAAACAAGUUAGGCAGAUUUCUUCAUUUAUAAACCAACUAUUUCAUCUUAUUAAAUGUACAUGGUUGAAAAACAAUGUCACUUAAACGUUUACUGUGCGGUGUACAUAAGGAAGACGUAGACUCAGAACAAAAAUGCGUACCUGUCAAAAGAGAAAAAAGAAAGCAUAAGAAGAAAAAUAAGAGUAGAGGAGCGAAAAACAAGUCAAAACAACGGGAGGAUUCGGUGAAUACACCAAAUGCUGAAACAGAAGACCAAUUGAUAGAUCUAAUUCCUGAUUCAGGUCUAAGGGAACGUUUUCGGAUUUUACAAAAUGAGAGAAUUCAGGAAGAGAAGGAAAGGCAAUGCAGGGAUUUGCAAUUGAGGAAAGAAUUAGAAGAAGUUCAGCAAACAAAUUAUAAAUUGAAAAUAGAGGUACAGCACCUACAGAAAGAUUUGGAUGAUAAAGAUAAAUACAUCAAACGGCUUAAAGAAACCCUACAGGAUUGUAGCGAGGAAAGCGAGUCUACUAAAAAGGAUUUACAAGCAACCAGAGAUGAACUCAAUCGCUUGGAAUUAAUGGUAAGCAGUCUUCAAAACAAACCCUAUGUGUCACCAUGCCAGGACGAUUCCAAACAUAGCAAGCUAGUAGAAGCACUUGGAACACUCGUUGUUCAACUUCCAAAACAACAGAUAGAAACGAAUCCCACGCUCUCUCAAGGAUCCAAAGACGCUAUACAAGAAGUCAAAAACGCAAUGCGCUUGGCUGAAAAUUUCAUUGGGCCUAGGUGGCAAGAAUUCGCCCGUGAGAUAAAUCUACCAGGGGAAAUCAUAGAGAACAACGAGCUGUCGACUGAUCAACGUAAGACAGAGAUCUACUGGAGAAUUAUGUCGGAAUGGCAGAAAAGAGAGGACGUGACAGUCACAAAAAUCGCAACAAUCUGUCAACAACUUGGUAUCAAUAUCUAUUCAGAUAAGCCCAUGUCCAACAAGCACAAACGUCUAUUGGAGAAGAACCGCGAGAAGAUCCUUGGGGACAUCUUUCCUAAACACACGCUAUACCACAUGCUUAAAUAUUUGCAAAUACCGGCCAGUCUUCGGGAAUAUGUGACGUCAUCGGAGAAAAGACCUGAUAUGGCGGAAAAACUAUUGGAUAUGCUACCCGUUCUAGGGGACGAGGCUUUUCUGGUGUUCUAUCUUGCAUUGCAUAAUACUGGACAGCAGCACAUAGCAGAUCUACUGAUGGAACACCCGAUGCCCGAAGAACAUAAACUUGUCCUACGCAAGUUUGAAAACACUGUGGUUAGAUAUAGUGAGUCUCACCGUGUGGUGUCAAACCUGGUUAAGUACCUACCUGGGUGUAUCAAGCGCUUCCUACUGGAACCCAACAUCACUAGGAACGAAAAAAUGAAGCGCCUGUUGGAAACACUGCCUUGUCUUGGACAUAACGCUUUGGACAUCCUCAUAAAUGCCCUAGAUGUUGCUGGAUGUAAACAGGUUUCCUCUAUCCUCAAAGACAAAUCUGGAGAACUGCAUAAGCUGAUGAAAAAAGAAGUGUCCACUCAGAUAUCGCCAGAAGACGUGAACGUCCUGGCCCAAGAACCCAAAGCCCCUCUUACAGGCCAUCGACGGUCCGCCAAAUCCAGAGACAGGUCCGAUUCUCCUGACACAAGCGACCAAAAUGAGGAUGAAGGACUUCUCUGGCAAGACGAUUACUACGCUCAUGAAAUGCAGACAAAGGCGAUGGAGGCAAAUGCGGCCAUGUUUGACAUCAGUAUUGAGGAGCGGGUAAAUAUGGACUACAUAUGUCCAAAACCGAUUGAGAUUCUCAACCACAUGGACAGAUUUCAGGUACGGUACAGGCCAUACGGGGCCGGAAUAGAAUGGGCUUAAAGUGGACAAACGGACACUAUUUUACCGUGUCAGCUACUUAAAUACACUGUGAAUUGGUUUCAUUAGCCAAAAUAGCAUGAUUGAGACAGACCAGUCGAUUAUAAUGCUCGAAGGUGUUUUGCUUUGUUUUUGUUUUGUUUUGAUUUGUUUGGUUUUUUUUGG